AUGGCCGAACAGCGGGUGACAUCCCUCUCGGAGAGCCUGCUCUCUUCCGACGGCAUGUCGAUGGCUCCGGCGGCGGCGGCGGCUGAUCUGGUGGAAGCUGUCGUCGAUCUCCUCCCGCACCUCUUCUCCGCCCUCCCGCACCUGGAGCUCUCCCGCCGCAACUUCCUUCUCGACCAGAUCGCCCUGGCCCUCUUGGCUGCCCUCGACACGCUGUCGUGGGCAUCGUCAUCGGCGGCGACUCCUGCGCCGCACGAUCCGCAGCAGUCCCCACAAACAGACGCCGCUGGUGAUGCCGAUAGGCGCCACGGUCGCGACUCGGACGCCAAGCUCGCCCGUUCCCGCCGCGCCACCGUCUCGCCGCUCGAUCGCAUCGUCGCCGCCUUUGCCGACGGCAUCCUCACCUCAGUCGCCGUCGCUUCCACCACUGCCCGGACCGCUCCACACACCUCUGGCACCACCCCACUGCUAUCAAGCAGAGUCAAGCGCUCUCCUCGCCCCUCGCCGCGCGAUGGCAGCGACGCAUCGCCAGACGACAUGCAGCUCUUCCCGCAGCCGGCCACGCCGCCCAUGCGCAAGUGGCGCCGCGGCGUCGAGCAGUUUGCCACCUCACCUGCCCUUGAGAGCCUCAAGGAGCAUCAAAGGGCUGAGCGUGAGCGCCGCUCUACCGCCUCCUCGCCAUCCUCGCCGCCGUCGCCGUCGAUCUUUGCCGACUCGCCUGCCAACUCGCGGAAGGUCGCGCUCAAGCGCAGGCGCAGGCGCAAGCGCAAGGCCUCGCGCCCCUCCACCGCUCGCCCGGGCACUCCAUCGGUCACUGAGACCUCAGCCUCGGGCAGCUACACCUACACCUAUGACAGCUCGUUGGCGUCGCCAUCGUCGUCGUUGUCGUCGUCGCGCGAUGGUGUAGACUCGUGCUCCGGUUCGGACUCGCCCGCUGUCGAAGUCACCGCCGUCGCCGGCGCGGCCGUCUUUGGUAUGUACACUCCCGACGCCGCCGCCUAUCGCUUUGGCUCGGACCUCGGCUUUGCCUCGGCCCUUUUGGUCUUUGUGCUCGAGGCUCGUGCAGCGCUCGGUCCGUCGGGCGGCUCGGCGCAGCGCCUCUCGUCACUGGUCCACAUGGUUGAGGCCCGCCAGCCGGCUCUCCAUCUCCAUCUGCUGCACAUCAUUGCCUCGCUCCCGCCAGACUCGGAGCUGCUCAACAUGGCCGCCAACCUCAUCUUCCACUUUUACCCGCCCGAGUUUGGUGCCGCCGACGCCCGCCCGCUCACCUCGGCCCGCGGCGUCACCCUCCCGCCGCCUUUUGAGGCCUCGCUCGAGUCGGCCGUUCUCCGCGCCGGUGUGGCCGCCCUCCUCGGUGCCGCCUCGUUUGAAGCCAACGAGGCCGGAAUGGUCCUCCUCACCCGCUGGUGCGUGCCCAACGAGCUCGCCGCCUCGGCGCCCUGGACCCUCCGCGAGCUUGUCGACGGCAUGCUUGCCUGGUUUGACAACGGCAACUCGGCCGCCGCAGCUGCCUCGGACGAAGCACAGCACGCACGCCGCCAGCUCGAGUCGUCGUACAUCCUUCCCUGGAUCGAGCACGUCGCAGAACUCGCCACGACUGCGGGUACCCGUGUCGGCCUCCGCAUCCUCGUCGAGGCACUGCAGCCCGGCGAGUGGGCCGCCGCCGGCGCAGACGCCCCCAACCCGACCCUUAUUGCUGGCGCCCUUGCGCGCAUGGCCGCCCUUGUCAACCUCGCAUCGCCCGUUGUCAUGCACGUGCUCCUCGAAGAGGCUCUUCCGGGCUGGCUCGACGUCCUCGCCGCCCGUCCGCUCCACCCGGCCUGGUCCGGCGCACUCGUUGCGGUCUUCAAGGCCUUUCAUCGCAUCGUCGCCCUCCGCGCCGGGGGCACCUCGCCCAUGUUUGCCGCCGACCACGAGUCGUCGUCGAUGGUGGUCCUCGUCUCGUCGACGCUCGUCGACAACCCACCGCGCGCCCUCUCGUGGCUCGCCCUGCUCUCUUCCGCAGGCGUCCUCCUCUCGGUCCGCGUCUUUCUCUCGGGCCUCGAGCAUCUCGCUUGCGAGCGCGCGCGCAAGCGUCGCUCGCUCGCCGAACUUGUCGAGUGCGCCGACCUCCUUCUUGCUCAAGUCGACCUCGGCGCCCAGUUUACCUACCGCGAGCUCGAGCCGGCUCUCGAGCUCGCCAUGGACCUCAGCCUCACUGGCACCGAGCUCGCUUCGCGCGUCGGUGUCCGCUUUGUCACCGUCUUCUCCACCCUCGUCCGCUACACGCUCGGCGCCAAGAUCCGCUCGCAGCGCCGCGCCGGCUUUGUCGCCCGCGCCCCGCUGGAGAUGGUCCGCCUCGAAGCCGGUGCGCCGCUCAUCCACUGGCUUUACAUGCUGCUGCAGACCUCCGGGUCGUGUGGUCUUGCCGGCGCAGGCGUUGAGACCAUGCACGCCAUUCUCAUCGAGCCCAACUACGUGUCCAACAAGGACGAGCUCGUCGGCCUCCUGCAGGCCACCCUGCUUCCGGCACUCUGGCGUCUGCUCGACGUCAAGUACGACUCGGUCUCCGCCUACACUUACGCCCUCCUGCAAACCCUUAUCGCCUUUGAGCCGCUGCGCUUUGACGAGCUGCUCGAGUCGGCCUUUUCCGCGCCGCAGUGGUUCAUGCGCUACGACGCCGUCGAAAAGGCCUUUGGCCUCUUCUCCAAGCUCAAGCUCGGGACAGAGGCGCUCGCCGCCUUUGGCGCCGCCUUCUCACGCCUGCUUGACGCCGAGCUCGAUCCGUUUGUCCAGGUCCGGACGAAAGCCUAUCUUGAGCUCUCCAGCCUCGACCACGACCAGCGCGUCCGCGCCCUCUCCUGCCUCACCGCUCUCUAUAACGAGUCCAACGUCUGGAUUCAGACCCGCCUUCUCGGUCAGCUCGUCCGCUUUCGCCGCGACUUUGGCUCGUACCAGAUCCUGCCUUGGGUCACCGUCCUCCAGGGCCUCUCCACCCCGCUCAUCAACCUCGAAGGUCCCGAGCGCGCCGCCGUCCUCGCCCACAAGUCUCUCCUCAUCGAGGCCGCCUUCGAAAUGGCCGCCGCCCAGGUGCCCAUGGAUGACGGCACCCGCCUCAAGCUCUAUGCCCUCGUCGCAUCACCGCUCGCUUCCCGUGACACCGAGACCGGCUCCGAGUACCUUGUCGUCAUGGUCGAGCGGCUCAUGCACCUGCUCGACGUCAACCUCGAGGUAGGCCGCCAGUUUUGCGGCCUUGUCUAUGCUGUUGCCGAUCGCGUCUUUGCUCCCGGCCGCGCCCGCGUAUCCUCCGUCGUCACCGCCGGCGUUGUCAAGCUCCUCCUGGUCACCCUCUUCAAGUACGCCUCGGCAGACGACGGCGCAGGCUAUGGCGACCUUGUCCUUGCCCUCCGCCUCGUCUUUCGCGGCGUCGAACACGCUGGUGCUGCCGUCAUGGAACUCGCCGCCCUCGUUGCCCUCACCGUCCUCCGCACCAUGCCGGCCGUCUCGGUCCAGCUCCUCUACGAGCAGUUUGCCUUUAUGGCUGGCAUGAUCGCUCAGGGAGUCGUCUGCUCCGGCCCGCGCCUCGUCGCCUACGCUUACUUUUACCUCGAGCAGGCCCUUGUCACCUUUGCAGACGCCGGCUACUACGUCAUCCUCUUCUCGUCGCAGGCCAGCCGGUCCGGGCCCGACGCCCUCUCGCGCGAGGUCAUGUUCUACACCCUCGCCACCGUUCUCCGCGAAGGCGCCCGUCGCGGCCUCCCAGUCUCACUCGAGCAGCCCGUCAUCGACGUCGCCCGCCGCCUCUUCUCCGUCCCUGUCGACAUCGAGCUCUACGGUAAGAUCCUCGCCACCGCGACUGCCUACGCAUUGCACGUCCUCGGUCGCUCAUACCCUGUCUCGCUCGACCUACUCGCCGCCAUCCUCAAGUUUUGCAAGGAGUGGCCCGGCUGGGAAGACUCAUCCGGCCUUGUCGGGAACGACGCGGCCCGAUCCGGCCUCCGCGUCGCCCUCGAGCACGUCGUCGCCCUCGUCGCUUGGGCUCUCGCUGCCCCGUCCGACUCUGCCGACGAGGGCUCAAGUCGCGCCGCCAAGCGCGCAAAGCGCUUGGCCGAACUGAGUAAGAUUGCUGUCUCGCUCGUCGAGGACCGCCUCGACCUCUUGUCCAUCGGCGCUGUCGUUCGCCUUGGUCUCGCUGCAGGCCGUGGCUCCGAGUGGCGUCUCCGCGUUGCCUCGGCGAGCCUGCCACGCAUCCAGGCCCGCGCCCGCGCCGCGCUGGCAGACUCGGAUGACGCCUCGUGCGCCUGGCGCGAGGUCCGUGCCGUUGUCAAGGUACUUGCCGCUGCUAACGGUCGUGGCCUGCUCGAGGCAGCAGUCUGGCUCGGCAAUUGGGGCUGGGCCGACCUUGUCCGCGCCUUUGGCGUCGCCCACGUCGCCGCCCUCGCCUCGGCUGUCGCCCAAGCCGCUGACGCCGGCAGCAGUGCCCGCUCGCGCCCGUGGCUCCACGCUGUGGGGCGGACCAAAAUCGACAGCUCGCUGGCUCGCGGCCUAUCCUUUGUCGCCCUUGGUGCCAUUGCCGUCCAAGACCCGGCCCUCGCCGCCCGCCUCAGCCUCCACCUCUCGGAGCUGGUCGGCGACGCCGUCGACGCCGUCGCCGACGCCGCAGCCGCACUCGCCACCGAAGAACCAGGCCUCGCCGCCGACACCGCCUUUGACGCCGACGUCGUUGUCGCCGCCGUCACCGACCUCGCUGCCGUCGCUGGAAGUGCCAUAGCGGUGGGUGCCUGUUCGCGCCCUGUCGAUCGCGUCGCGCUCCGUGCCCGUGUCGACGCCGCCGCCGCUGCCUGCGCCACAGGUGGCCUCGCCGCCUUUGGCCGCUACGCCUGGCUCGAGGUCUCCGACAGCCUCGGCAUCCGGCUCGGGUCCGCCUGGGGCCACGACGCUGGAACCUCAGCGCUUGACUCGGUGUGCGCCAAGCUCUCAGCCCGGCUCUCGCUCGCCUCCCGCCCGCCGACCCAGCACGCGCUCAGCGUCGAAGGUCUCCUCAAGCGACUCAUCCGCCUCGACAAGUACGCUGCCAAGCACAUCGCCUGGCUCACGUCGUAGCGCCUUGUGCCUUGCCCCCUCGCCGCACCAUCCAUACCACAUUGCGCGGCAGCGUCGGCACAAA